AUGACAUCAGCCUUUCUAGAACAAGAAGAAAAAUGGGUCCAUCUGCAGUUCAGCUGGAGCGGCCAGUCCUUCACCUUGGACGUCGCCGAGUCCGACAUGGUGUUUGACCUGAAGGCGGCGCUGAUGAGUCUCACCAACGUGCCGCCUGAGCGGCAGAAGAUACUCGGGCUUGUCAAAGGCAAGCUCCCGAACGACAGUGCGCGCGUCGCCGACAUGAAGCUUGUCAACGGGAAGAAGUUCACGCUCGUUGGGACCCCACAGGGACACGAGCUCAAGGAGCCGCACGAGCUUGAGUUUAUGCCCGACGUCAUCAAUGACCUGGACGUCGACUUCAGCGCCGACCCUGCCGCCGCCGCGGCAUACAUCAACGAUCAGCGGAACCAAAGGAAGAUCCGAGAGCACACGAAGAAGCUCAACAUCAAUAUCAUCAACCCCCUCCGUGAAGGAAAGCGGUUGCUUGUCCUAGAUAUUGACUACACGAUUUUGGAUACCAAGCCUCUAACCUCGGGCGCACUCCCUCCACAGGAAUGCGCUCGUCCGGGACUACAUGAAUUCCUUGAGGCAAUAUACCCCUACUACGACAUCUGUAUCUGGUCGCAAACAAGUUGGAUAUGGCUUGAGACGAAGCUUGUAGAACUUGGUAUGCUUGGAGGUGUUCACAACUAUCGAGUAUUACUCGACAAGACGUGCAUGUUUACGGUCUUCACAGUAAGAGACGGCAAGCCGUACAAGCACUCAGUGAAAGCGCUCCAGAUCAUUUGGAACCAUUUCCCUCAGCUUUAUUUUCAGGGCAGAAACUUUGCGUUGAAUCCUAAAGAGGGAUUGAAGAUAUCCGCCUUCAAAAACGCUCAUACCCCGGCAGCCAUGGCUGAUAGAGAGCUUUCGAAGGUCUGCCGAUACCUGGUUCACAUCGCAAAUACCACAAACGAUCUUCGUGAGGCGAAUCAUUCGCAAUGGAAGCACAUUGUCAAGACACUGCCGCCGUCUUAG